UGAGUCAUGUGACCGCGGCUGGAGUCAUAUGACGAGGAGGAAAAGAAAGCGAGGAAACCUCUUCAGCUGCCCCAACCCUUGGAGCUGCUCAAGACUAGUCAUGCUCUCCCGGCUGCUGAGGGAGCACCAGGCGAAACAGAGCGAGAGGAAAGAGCUACAAGAAAGGCGGCGGCGAGAGGCCAUUGCUGCAGCCACUUGUUUAACAGAAGCCCUGGUUGACCACUUGAAUGUAGGGGUGGCACAGGCCUAUGUCAACCAGAGAAAACUUGACCAUGAGGUGAAGACGCUGCAGAUCCAGGCUGCUCAGUUUGCCAAGCAGACAGGCCAGUGGAUCAGUAUGGUGGAAAACUUCAAUCAAGCUCUGAAGGAGAUUGGUGACGUGGAAAACUGGGCACGCAGCAUUGAGAUGGAUAUGCGGACCAUUGCCACAGCCCUGGAGUAUGUUUACAAAGGGCAGCUGCAGCCUUCCACCUCCUGAAAUGGACGCCUUCCUGUGGAUCCUUGGCACCUGCACAGCUUGGAUUCCUUCUCUCAUUUCCAUGUGGCUGAACGGAGGGCACGUAAAACGGCUACCUGCCUGCGAGCCGUAACUGAAAUGCCAUGGCCGCCUUUUGCUGCAGUGAUUGAGUCCUCCCCUCCCCCACCCCAGCUGCUGUAAGGGAUGCUGUUGGGCUUUGGGCUUUGACCUGUGCUGCUUCUGAGCAAGUGCUAGCGGUAUCUGGAGGAUCAAAGACAGACUGGCGUAGGGUAAGGAGAAAAGAACAGGCGUACCGCAAUGAAAGAGGGGCCAUGCCUCUUCCAGACCAGUCGGCUACGCUGUUAGAAAGACUGGAAUAAAAACAGAUGGUUUAACACAUUGCAA